CGAACCGAAGCUGCAAAGCGGCUGAUCAGUGUCACAACAACAGCCAUGGAGCAAGGUAUUCGUCGACGAUUCCGAGGUUUAAAAGGGUGGAAAUUGAAAGGAGAACAGUUUGAGGCAGUAGCAACUGUCAUACUGCGAGUCCCUGGCUACUUCAUACUUGACUACUGGUACCAAGAUGACGUUCAGAACUGCAUUCCGCGGUCACUGGCUUGGGCAGACGUGGUAUCAUCAGGGUUUGCUAUAUUUGCGGUGAUCCAGGGUGUUCUGGUGCUGCUUCUGCCUUUGGAGCAGCUGGUCAGCCUCUACAUGCACUACCUCACCAUUGCUGUCCUUGCUGCUGCUGAUACAUUCUCCAAUUACUAUAUAGAAGGAGAAAAACGCCUGGUGAAUCAAUGGCCAGAUUAUGGUACAGUCAGCUUUCAGGGAUUUUCAAAUAUGCUGAUGUUGCAAAAGUCAUUAUUUGACCCCCACAAUGAUGUUGAAACUCUCUUCCUAAGGCAACAAGUGGCUGCCAUAGUUUUCCAUACACUUGUGGCUACACUUGUAACAUUUUUCCUCGACUUAGAAUGCAAUAAAGAUAAGAUUCUUCUCCUGGUCUACCUUGUGCCAGUCUUUGCACGGUUGGCCAGUUUUCCAGUGACUGAACUUCAUUUGACUCAUAACUUUGCAUCAUGUUUUGUUAUUUUCUUAACAGUCCAGUACAUCUUCCUUUGUGUUCCUCAUGUCUUUAGAUUUUUAAAACAAAUGUAUUACACUCUAGCUGAGAUGAUUGAAAUGUAUGGGCUCUUGCGAGUAUUAAUUACCGUUUGGAGUCGCCUCUUUGUGCCCAUCCAGUUGCUGAUCUAUUGGUUGAUGCUUUUCACCACCCAGCUAUAUAACCACUACCUUCCAUCACACAACACAGCUGUUGCAACCAAACCUAACACAGUGCUCACAGCUGCAAGUGGCAGUAUGACUGCUCCCUCACCUUCAGGAGGGAGUGGAGCUCCCUCAGGAUCAGGGACAACUCCCACAGUGAUGAGCACAAAUCCAAGUGAGAUGUGGUACUUGGUGAUAGUGCAGAGUGCUGCUGAGGUCUGUUACACCCCACUUAUGUUGGCUGGGACCUGUGUGGCAGUCUCAUAUGCCUCACGGAUUAUUUUAUCCCUCACAAGAGCAUAUGCUGCUGGGCCUGGGGCAGCACCUCUCCCUGAUGACUUAGUGCACUCAGGUUGGACAGAAGGAGCUGCAAUGGCUCUGCUGGCUGUACAGACCUCUCUUCUGAACAUGGCCAUACCAGAACGGCUGGCAGUAUUGUCAAUUAUCAUGCUCAUAGUUGUGUCAUCACUUGUUCAGAAUAUGUAUGAAAUAGUGGAACCCAUAGUAUUGGCUCUUAGUGCCCAGGGUGUGGCAUCCAUAUAUAGGCAUUGUAGAGCAGUGUCUGCUUGUCUCCUACUCCUCCUCCUGUCAAUGUACAUGGUGUACAUGUUCACUCGGAUCUUUGAGCAGUACUUCUGGCUUCUGCUUGUUGUGUCAACCAGUAUUAUGACAUCAGUCCAAGUAUUAGGCUUAUUAGCCACAUACAUUCUUCUCACCUGGGAUACAGUAUGUGCUCAGCCUUGGCCUGGCUUAGAUGAUCUAGUCUACUACACUAGAGCCACAACCAGGGUAUUUGAAUUUAUUGUAGCUGUUUUUGUAGUUGGUGCUGGUGUGAAGGAAUCUAUUACAGGGCAGUGGUCAUGGAUCAAUGCUGUGGUGUUGCUCAUUCACUGUUACUUCAAUGUAUGGCAACGCUUGCAACAAGGAUGGAAAAGUUUUCUACUGAGAUUAGAAGCUGCUAAAAAGAUUUCUGCUCUGCCAGAAGCAACUCCAGCUCAGCUAAAGAUAUAUAAUGAUGUUUGUGCUAUUUGCUAUGCAGAAAUGACUUCAGCCAGAAUUACUCAUUGUAAACACCUCUUCCAUGGUUCCUGUUUGCGUAAAUGGCUGUAUGUACAAGACAAGUGUCCUAUGUGCCAUGCAGCAAUCACACUUAAUAAUCCAGAACUCAGCCCUCCUGCAGCUGAAGAUGUUCCGCCACCCGCAGAAGGUAUAGAGACAGAGAUAGGAGCAAACAUUCCACUUCCUGAUGAAGGAGAAAGUGGAGAGCUCAGUCUGUAAAUAAAAACUGUGAUUUGUAAAAUAGCAAUCACAGUGUAGAGCUGUGUUGUGUGAUCAUCAAUUGAGAAACUGAUGAUCAAACCUAAAGAUUAAAUGCUUGUCAUUACAGAUGAUGUUAAAAGAUAUUGUAGGAAGUCACUUAAUAGAGGAUAUAAUCAAUUAUUGAUGUGGUGAAAGGUAUUUAUGGGAUGGUCAUGUGCAUUAUUACACAUAGUAGAAGUUUUCAAGAUUAUGAUAAUUUUAUUUUUUUGUAAAAAUUAAUUUAUUUGUGUUUUUAUGUAAAUGUUAUAUACUUUUCAUUCUCAUGAUAGUGAUAUAAUCUGGUUAAUUUUAUCAAAAUAGUUUUUAAGUGUUGUAAAGUGUUUUGUUUUUGUAAGUGUUUUGUAAAAAUAAUGUGAUUUCUGGGAUCAUCUUCCAUAGAUUCACAAACCAGUACGUACCUGACAUUGCUAUUUGUAGGAGCAAGGUAGUUUAAGGAGUGAUUAGAACUGUGUAAGAUUUCACCUUCAAGUAUUUGAGGGAGCUUCCUCUUCAUAUUUUAUUAAUGAGAAUUUUAUUGCAGGAAAUUUUAUUGAAUUUCAUAUAUAUAUAUAUAUAUAUAUAUAUAUAUAUAUAUAUAUAUAUAUAUAUAUAUAUAUAUAUAUAUAUAUAUAUAUAUAUAUAUAUAAUGUCUUUGAGUAGUCACAUACUCACUUAAAUAAAAAAUCAAGUAAUUCUAAGUUGGAAAUAUCCUAUAGUUAAAUGCUUUUAAUGCCUUGGUUUAGAAGUCACUGGACAUUUAAAUGUGAAUGUGCAUCACAUAUCAAGAUUUCCUUAAAUAAAGAUCAAAUGAAAUUCAAGAACAUGGUGUUUUGUUGUUCAAACAAACUCCAUGUGGCUGGAGUGAUCAGCUGAAUGUCACAAUACAAGACUUUACAGCCACUUUGCCAUUGAUGUGCAUUCAUAUUUAAAUAUUUUGUAACUUCUAAACCAUGGUGCUGAGAAAAUUUGACCAUGGAAUAUUUCUGACUUUGCAUGAACUGAUCUUUCAUUUCUGUGAAUAUACUCAUGUAACAGACCGUGUGUGUGUGUGUGUGUGUGUGUGUGUGUGUGUGUGUGUGUGUGUGUGUGUGUGUGUGUGUGUGUGUUUGUGUGUGUGUGUACAGUCAGUGACAUUCACAAUUGGAACUCCCACCGAUGUGGGUGUCACAUUGCACAAACUGGCAACUCGCCCUUCUUGAUCUGAAAAAAAUCUGCUGGGAGAAAAUAACUACAUAGCAACUUAGAUUAGCCCCUCAUGUGUUUUUGAAAACAUGGAAUAACAUAUUCAGUGUUUGACAUAUUGACAUAAGGGAGAGGUAUCUUUUAUGACCACUCCUAGCUUCAGCUAACAAAAUGGCUGUGUUUAUUUUAAACAAAGUGUUUAUGGGGUGAUGUGUGAUGCUCGGAAAAUAUACAAGCCAUGAUUACACAGUAUGAGUGUUAGAGUUUCACUAGAAUGGUGAAAGAAAUUGAAAAAUACAUCACAUAACUACUGGCAAUGAAAAGAUUGUGAGUGCAUUGGUGAAGAAAUGGUGCAAUGAGGGAUGCAAGGAUGUGCCUCACCACAAAUAUGGUGGUGGGCUGUCCCAAAAUGAUUGACAUCACCUUACAUGGUAUCAAGAGACAGUUAAAGGUAUAUCCUCAGCUUACAGCAAAGCAACAAAAAAAAAAAAAAACAUUUUGGGAUAGCCCACCACCAUGUUUAUGGUGAGGCACAUCCUUGGCCUGUAUUUUCCAGGCAUCACACAUCACCUCAGUAAAACACUGUUUAAAAUAAACACAGCCAUUUUAUUGGCUGAAGAUAGGAGUGGUCAUAAAAGAUACCUCUCCCUUAUGUCAAUAUGUCAAACACUGAAUCUGUUGUUCCAUGUUUUCAAAAACACAUGAGGGGCUAAUCCAAUUUGCUAUGUAGUUUUCUCCAGACAGAUUUUUUUUCAGACCAAGAAGGAGCAAGUUGCUAGUUUGUACAAUGUGAAUAUAUAUAUAUAUAUAUAUAUAUAUAUAUAUAUAUAUAUAUAUAUAUAUAUAUAUAUAUAUAUAUAUAUAUAUAUAUAUAUAUAUAUAUAUAUAUAUGUUUAUGGGUAUUUCAUGUACUUUAUGCUGAGAAGCUGUAUAAACUGCUAAGCCACAGCCACACAUCACCUGAAUUUAGUAUUGAGAAGAAUUUUGAUUCUGGAUGUAUGCAGUUCUGUGUGCAUGCAUUUUCUUAUAUUAGGAUCACUUCAUCGUUAAUAGGAUUUCCAAUGUAACAUACUGUCAAAGUAAUUAUUGGGAUAUAAAAAACCUGAUAAGGAGAGAAACGAUGUUUGAGAGCGUGAAACCCAAGAGGCCAAGAUGGUAUUGAUGUCUGAAACAAUUCCUUACUGGUACUUCCUGGUGGCAACUUUUGAUCUGCACUUCUAUACAUUAUGCUUCCUAUUAGUACAGCUUGCCUUAAGAAACUCACAGUUUGUCAUGAAUAAGCUUGUCUUUAUUAAGCAGAGAUCCUAUUAUGCAACUAUAGUUCAUCUGUAUUUCAUGUCUUUCUUCUAUUCUUUCCUGUUCUUGCCACACAAACCCUUUAAGCAAAUAAGGACGGAGAGGCUGCUGCAAAUCACUUCUCCCCAUAUGGGAAUGUUUUUAUAUUUUCAAAGAAAUUGCUCUAUUUCCAUAAUUAAUUUCACAGUUCUAAAUGAGUUAAUUGCUUUAAAUUUAAGAGCAUCCCCUUCAUCCAUUCUUUCUCUUUCAUCUUUCACAAACCCAGAGUCUCUGGGUCCAUGUGGUUUUUCUGUGGUGAUGUGAUCAAGCAGAGUAACUUUCUUUCUGUGGCAGAAAUGUGUUCACAACACUACACAGUACAUAUUUACAUGGUGAGCAGCUAUUCCACUCCACAUUCCUCACUGGUGAUUGGUAUUUCAUCACAUUUUCACAUUGGUCCCAAAAUUUAUCACUUGACCUCCCUUACAUUUACUUAUAUCAAGAGCAGGCUUAUGAGGAGUUGAAGGCACUGGCUUCAGAAAGUCUAGCUCUGAAUCAGAUGCUGAAAAGAAAAAAAUAACAUCUUACCACCUAUUGAAAAUCUGCCAGGAGAUACACAGUUUAAACAUCGCUAACAAUGAAACUUCUGCAGUGACUCUACUUUCUUCCCAGUCAAUAAUGACAGAUGCUUCCUUUCCUUCUCACAUUUUUUCUUAAGGAAUUCCAGUUCUUGACAUUUUCACAAUCUUCAAAGUAGAAGAGAUCCAUCUGCCUCAGAGGAGCACUGCAACUGUGUGGGUCAAGUUGCAGUCCUUGUUUAUUUUCAGAAUUUCUGACUGGGGAUUAUGGACCUGUGAUAGCUGCUUACAUCUUGGAAAUGUGCCAUAUUAUGUUUUAAUAGGCUGCCUCAAUAUUUUUUUCUUUUUUUCUGCAUACUCCUGUCUUUGCAAACUACAUGAAUCUCUCUCUCUCUCUCUCUCUCUCUCUCUCUCUCUCUCUCUCUCUCUCUCUCUCUCUCUCUCUCUCUCUCUCUCCUUUACUGCACAUUUUCCCCUGGAUUUUGUCUCCCCAGCAUUUGGUUGAAGCCGAGUCAUUAAUCCUGCACCAAAGGGUUCCUUGUCAUUACUCUAUUAUCACACACCACCUACUUGAAAAUGACAUGUGUACACAUGUUGUUUCCUGCUUGCAACCAUGAAUAUUUUGGACUGCUCACAAGACACACACUGUCUUAGGGAAAAUUAUGUAAGUACCAUGGUGUUGUGUGGCAUCUUAGACUAGUUGGUGGCCAUGAUUUGAAUACAAGUGUGAGAAUCUAUUAAGAACUGUAUAUUUGUAAUUUAUUUCAGUCAUAGGUAUAGAUCAUGCCAUGUUUGCAUCUUUUAGGACCUGUAUCCUACAAAAUAUGAUGUUCAAUGCCCUUUCCACUGAUGGCAAGAAACUGUGAUAUUGGUGAAGUGGAGUAUGGAAUACACAAAAUUCUGCAGAAGAUAGCUGGAUGUGGGGGAAAGCUUUAGAUAUGUUUUAGUUGUUGCAAAAGAAAGAAAAAUGUCUUUCCAAAACUUUAAGACUUAUUCCAGCUUUACAAAUGUGUAUGUCACACACAAACUUGUAAUAUUGCUGACUGAAUGUUCUCAGUGAGACAACUUAAUCAUCAUAAAAGGUGAACAGAGGAAGGUGUCACCCCACAUCACUAUGUUGUGCAGAAUUACUAUUGUAAGGAGAUUCUAUUACAGUAUUUCAUAUUUUUAUCAUUGUACAGUAUACUUUAACAAUAUUAUGCCCACCUGGGAAACUGAAGUUAAUUGCCAAAAUCAUUGAGCAUAAAUUGCCAACAAUAAAAUCUGCCCUCCAUAAAA